GCAAAAUACCCUUAGUCAACAAUGCGUCGGCUUGUGGCUCGCCUCGCUGCUGUGGUGGGCCAACAGAAUGCCUUUGAAGAGUUGAGAUGGAUGAGGCAGCAUCUUCAGCGCGUGUCAUCAGACCGUUGUAGCUCCGUUACAUUUCCUGUGCUGGACUCAAUACCCCACUUUCGCAAUUCCGAUGUUUUGCUUGGACAGAUGAUACAAAGGAGACUGCGGGGGGAGCCACUACAGUAUAUCCUCGGCUCUCAGCCUUUUGGGUCUUUGGAACUGGUUGUUCGCCCCCCGACACUCGUUCCACGUCCAGAAACUGAAUUUUGGGCCUUGGAACUUUCCAACGUAGUGAAGAACUGGACUUCGCGCCCAAGAGUUGGAGGAAGCGAUGGCUCGAUACACAUCUUGGAUAUCUGCAGUGGGACAGGAUGCAUUCCCUUGUUACUGAUGUCGGAGCUGUCAUCUCGCAUCGCCUCGGCCACGGCUCUCAGAGAAUGCCACGAAUUACUAGUAAACACCUCAGCACGCCACACUUCAUUCGCGCCAUUUACAAUCAUUACCUGCAAUCCUCCCUACAUUCCCCGUCACGAGUAUGAGACAAUAGAUGCGUCGGUCAGAGAAUUCGAGGAUCCCACAGCUCUCCUUGGUAAUGACCCACGCUCAAAAACUGAUGAUCCAGAGGGCCUUGCCUUCUACCGCCGUAUCUCAGAACUCCUCACGCCAUCCUGCAAUGCGCCGCUGCUGCAGGACUCAGGGGGCAUACUCGCCCUAGAAGUUGGACAAGGCCAAGCGAAAAUGGUGCGGAGCAUCUUACAGGAAACUUGCAUUGGGACAUUCAGAAGUUUCGAAAUAUGGGAGGAUCAGUGGAAUGUUGAAAGGGUUGUAGUGGGGUAUACCUGAGAAUGAAGCAAGUGGGGCUGUUGGCAAGGUAUU